UUUGACGACGGCGUCUGCUUCCUUUCUCUCUCAACAAAUUCGUUUUACUACAGAAUGCAGGUUGAGAACAUCUUGUUGCUGUUGUUAGUGGCAGCUCUUGGACAUUGUCAGAAACAAGUUGAAAAGGAACAUGUUGUAGUAAUUGGAGGAGGAAUUGCUGGCCUUGCUGCUGCAAGAGAAAUUUUGAAUCGAGGGUUUAAAAACUUCACUGUUCAAGUGUUUGAAGCCAGACGAGAAAGAUAUGGAGGUCGUGUUUGGACAGACAAACUGAACAACCCUAAAGCAAGAGGGUUUGAAGUAGACCUGGGAGGGUCAGCACUUAGCAUUGCCAACCCUUUCCUCAAUCCUUUGCUGAAUCUUACCACAAACCUUGAACUGGAGACAGCUGUAAUAAGUGGUGUUCAGUUUACAGUGCCAUGGCAGAAGAAACACUUUGCUGGAAGUGAGCUCAUACAGGCUAUGACAGAAGCAGGAUCAAUUCUGACUGAUGCCAUAAAUAUAACUCGCCAGAAAAAGGAAGACAUCUCCAUCAAAGAAGCUGUAGAUCGUCAACUGCAGGAACAAGGUUAUGACAGUGACAACAUAAAAUCCCUUUUGCUGAGGUCUUUCCCAUCCUAUGUAAUCUCUGAUUACUCAGCACUGUACUAUCAACCUGACAGUCUUGACUUUGGCUACGAGAAGGUGCUACUAGAUGGCAUGGGAGAACUUGUUGACAGACUAGUCAGUGGUGCAGACGAUGAGCGGCCAUUAAAAAUCAACUUGAGGACACCAGUUCGUCAGGUGAAAGUUGAUAGUUCAGAGAACAAGAUCCUUUUACGUCUCAAAGAUGGGUCACAGGUCACUGCUGAUCACGUUAUUGUAGCUGUGCCAGCUUCAGUCAUUGCCAAGGGAGUCUUACUCUUUGAGCCUUUGCUGCCUGAGGAGUACCAGUUUGCUACAAAAGAGAUGGGAAUGGCUGAUGGCAACAAAAUUAUUGUGGAAUUUGAAUCGGCAUUUUGGUCAAAUGAAUUUGGAGUCUUUCUACUGGCAACAAAAAAUGAAGAGGAAAGGGGCUUCCUCCAGACCUGGCUUAAUAUCCACAAAGUGCUUGGGAAGCCAGUUCUUGUGGGUCUGCUUUUUGGAGAAAAGGCUCGUGACUUUGAGAAGAUUCCAGAUGAUAAAGUACAAGCAUUAGUCGUCAAAAAACUGGGCCAAGUGUUUGGAAUGGAGACCGUUGCUGCUAGUCCUAUCAAACAGAUCAUUAGAUCAGCGUGGUCUUCUGACCAAUGGUCUGGAGGUGCAAGUUCUUAUCCAAGAGUUGGAAACUCCCCAAAACUUUGGGAUGUGCUGUCACAGCCACUAUGUCCACACAAAGUAUAUUUUGCUGGGGAGCACACAGUUUUCCGAGGUCAUGGUACCCUGCAUGGAGCAUAUGCUUCAGGUUUAAGAGCUGCAGAGCAAGUUUUAUCAGGGUACUGCCCACAGAAAGCUCUUGAAGACAAACAGCGAAGGCAGGAAGAGAAAAAGAAAGCUAAGAAAGUGAAAAAGGAAAAGGAAGAAAAAGUGAAAGGCAGCAUCAAACAACAGACGGAUGAUACAGAGAACGAUGAGUUGUGAUUUAAAAAAAAAAUGGUUGAAAGGUCAAAUAAGGUUGUGAUGUUGUGAAGAAAAAUCAUUGCCAGUGCUUUAACUACAUCUAGCAUUUUCAUCAGUGUAUUUGAAGGUUCUUUUGCUAUUCAUUUGCUGCAAUUUUUGUUUAGUACUGUAUACUUGGACAAAAUAUCAAGACGGUAACAGAGAUAAUAUUUUUCAUUCACCAUCUGAAAACACAUUCCAUAAGAAGUUGUAACAGUAAUAUUAAAAGUAAAGACUGGCUUUACAUCAGGUUAGAGUGGUGCACAUUUAAUUAUUGAGAUAAACCAUCGAGUGUAAAUCUCGAUUUAGAUACUGCGGUUUCUGAAAAAAUAUUGUAGUUGAGGAGUAUUAGAUCAUAACUCUGACCACAGACUUGCAUUAAACAAUUUGAUACUUGUACACGUAUACUCCAGCAUACACAAUUCUACAAAUUUUAUCAGUACCUUUUUUGAUUGGACUUCAUUAAGAGUAUCUCUCUUUUUAGUAUGUUUAGGAAAAAGUGAAUAAGGUAAUAAGUCCAUGAUAUUUUUCAGAUUGCUGUUUUCAUUGGUCACUCUACUCAGCUCUUUGCUGGUUGGAAAGUGUGAUAAUUUCUUAAGGGGAAAAGACAAAUAAGGACUAUUUUGCUAAUAACUCAAUGGGUCAUAUGUUUUGUCUUUCAUCUCUGCAAUUCUUCGCCUAUUUACAAGACUGAAUAGCACCUCUGCAUGCACACAAAGGCACUUGCAUGGCUUGGACUCCACCUCAUUCCAUGUGUAGGAAAAGAGUUCCAAAGGUAGAACCUGUCAGGGCAGAGAACAUGGUUGCAGAAUGGGCAGACAGAAGUUUCCAUCCACAGGUCCAAGCUGGCUUUCAAACCAGCAACUUUUUACAUACAGUCAAAUACACCAACCACCAUGGUUUGCUUCCCCCAGCCAAUCCCCAUCCCCAUCCCUUGGAUGUGUAAUUCUUAGUUUUAACUAGACUGAAAAAAUAUCAGCUUAAAAAUAUCAGCUUUUUAACCAGUGGGCAUAACCCAGGUACCCAGACUGUGUAAAUAUCUUUUGGAACAUGUUGCAUCAUGUAAAUUCUUGGUUUUUGACUGGGAGAUCUGCUGUUGAUGCUGUUAAUGAGUGCUGAGUAACAUGCAGGUGAAACACAACACACUGGAGUUUUAACAGUACAAGAGGGUUGUGAAAACUAGUGUAUUUACAGCAGAAUGAAGUUUAAAUUACUUGCAUAGUGUUUUAUCAAAUAUAUUUGCAAUUAGAACCAAAAAUACUAUCAAAAUCUCUUUUAUGCUUUAUUGAAAAAUCAGACCUUUCAACUAACGAACAUCCAAUAAUGACAUAGAACUCAAACAUUAUGUAAGACAAACACCUGUGGUGCAACAAUACUUAACCUCUCCAAGAUUAUUUCCAUGAUGCCAGUAAACUAUGACAAAAGAUCCUAGCAUGUCAUAUAAGUGCUGCAUGCGAUGAACUACACCUUUCCAGAAGCAAAGAAAAUGUAGCUAAGCCAACAGAAAAAAAAAUUAAUCUGAUAACAGCGUUGUUCAAACAAAAGAUACAAGAAUGAAGUAUUUAUAAUUUGCCCCCUGAAAAAUCGUAUGCUAUAGUCAUUUUUAUAAUUCUCUGAGUUUAUUUUUAAAUUUUUUCCUGGCCAUACAACUUAUAUAACUUGUCACCUAGUUAAAUGGUGGAUAGCACAAUACGCAGCGGUCCGGUGGUGCAGCGGUUAGCGCCUGUCACCAAUACAGUGAAGGUUGGCUGCCCAGAGUUCAUUUCUCAUCUCGGGCACGCUGUUCUUUCUCUGCACGUAGCAUCUGUUUACAGGGCUGGCUACCUUGCCAUAAUAUAGCCUCAGUUGCUGGUACGGUGUAAAACACCAAUUUCCCCCCCCCCCACCCCCCUGGAUAGCACAAUACCAUAUUUGCUAAAAGCAUAAUGUAGCUUAAUUCAGGAAAAUGUAUGCUCAUAUUACUGAUAACUUUCAACUCAUAGGGAUCAAGUCCCUUUUCAGCUAAAUGUCUACUUCAGGUUGCCACAUUUUUGCCAUAUAUGUAUAUAUAACUGUGUAACAAGAAUAUACUUUUAAAUAGGUUUUUCAUAUCAAAAUGCAUUGUAUGACUCGCUUUUCAACAAAAAAAUUAAUUUGAAAUUACAAUAUAUUGGAUAACAUAUUGUCAAGGGAAGCAGUUUUGUUUACAUCAGUUGUUUCAUGAACCAUGAC